CUCAGGAGGAUGUGGCUGCAGAACCUGCUUUUCCUGGGCACUGUGGUCUGCAGCAUCUCUGCACCCACCAGCUCCCGCAGCCCUGUUACCCGACCCUCUCAGCACGUGGAUGCCAUCCAAGAGGCCCUGAGCCUUCUGAACAAAAGUAGGGACGAGACUGCUAUGAUGAAUGAAACAGUAAAAGUCGUCUCUGGAAUGUUUGACCGCCAGGAGCCGACAUGCCUGCAGACCCGCCUACAGCUGUACAAGGACGGCCUGCAGGGCAGCCUCAGCAGCCUCAAGCAACCCCUAACCCUGAUGGACAACCACUAUAAGCAGCACUGCCCUCCUACGCCGGAAACUCCCUGUGCAACCCAGACUAUCACCUUCAGAAGUUUCAAAGAGAACCUGAAGGAAUUUCUGUUUAACAUCCCCUUUGACUGUUGGCAGCCAGAAACAACAGAGGCCAGUGCAGCCAGGAGCCAGCCCUGA